AUGAAUCUUGUGUCAUCCACAUCAACAAAUUCCAAAGAGGUCAUCGUACAUUUGAUGCGUCAUGAACAGGCACGGCACAAGGCUAGCUAUAUGCUUAGAGAAGAUGGUCGUUCCAUACGCGACCCAGAUUUGACUAUAAACGGCCGUGUAGACUGCCGCCACUUCUCGCAAGAUAUCUGUUGGCUUAGCCAAUAUAUCUCUCACAUUUGGUGUUCGCCGAUGAAAAGAACUAUCAAUACUGCACUUUUGUCAUUCGGAGAUGCCAUCGAUAGAGGUGUGAAAGUUCAAACUAUUGAUGUGCUCCAAAAUUGGGAUUCUUCUCCGAACGGAAUAGGCAUGGACAAGAAAGACCUCCAGGAACACUUUGGUGGAAAAGUAAAUUUUGAUAAAGUUGAGGAGGGGUGGAAUCAGAAAUCUUCCGGGAGGUGGGCUCGGGAAAAUAUGCAGUGGAGAAUUCCGGCUUUAGAACUGGCGCUCAGAGAUUUACGAUCGGUCACCGACAGGGUCGAAGUUGUUAUAGUCAGUCAUGGAAGUGUUCUCAACACUCUACUUGAUCUUGAUAGUCGUUGGAAAAGUGGAAAAAUUCGCAGCUAUUUAAUCGACGACGGAGAAUCCUAUCAGCGUUUGGAUAAGAAUGCUCUCAAAAACUACAGAAGAUUGCAUGUCACAGAUGAGCUCACAAAAUGGACCUCAAACCAGGACCUCUCUCUCAAACUGGGACAGUCAAAAUUCGCGGCAAUGUUGAAUUCCGAAGUAUGUAAGCAUUCGGGAACUAUGACGAUAAAAAUAAAACGUCUCAACAAGGCCAUUACAGAAGGCACUUCAAUGAAUGCCAAGGGAAAGAUACUAGAAACCGUGAAGCAAAACGAGACUAGUUCACAUGCACUGAUAAAGCUUUUCCAGGAAGAAAUACCGGCGGCCGAAGCCAAAGGGGGAUGUGCGCAAGAAAUUGAAGCAAGAGUCACGAAUGCAUCGGAAUUCACACUGAGGACGCCCUUGAAGAUUGAUAUAAUACUAUCAAUAUCGUGGACAGAUUACCCUAUGGCUCGGAUGCUAUUGAUGAAGGAACAGAUGCGGGUGAAGAUGAUGAUCGAAAGGCUAAUGAAUGAGAACUCAAAGCAAGCAUUGGAUAAUAAUAAUGCAAAGGGAUGGGUUGUUGUGGUCGCUGUGUAA